AUGUCCUUCAUUUUAAUCCUAUACGCUCUUCUUCGGCGGAAACUUCUCAGCUCCCUUGCAACACCGCCUUCCCACUCUUCUCCUGUCAUGAUCGAUCCCCUUCAAUCUCCUGAUUACUUUGGCCUUCGUGAUAUAGUUUCAGUAGAACAGCUGUUCAAUGCUCGUGCACACCUCGGUCAUCGCUCCUUGCUUCGUAACCCUUACAUGACACCCUACCUUUUUGGUUCUCGUCAGGGCAUCGACAUCUUCGACCUCGAACAGACGGCAGAACUGUUAUUUGAUGCCCUCAACUUCACUGCUCAUAUCGCUUACAGAGGUGGCAUCAUCUUAUUUAUGAUACAACAUAGACAGAUGAUGCAUCUAGUAGAAAAAACCGCGAAGGCGGUAGGAGAAUACUCUUAUUGUCGGCCAUGGGGUGGCGGUGUUUUUACGGACUCCACAAACUUUUACGGUGCCACGACGCGACUCCCUGACCUCAUAAUCAUGCUUAAUACCGUCAAUCCAGUUGGCUUUGACCACGUGGCAGUGCGCGAUGCUGCCAAGAUGCUCAUUCCUACGGUGGGUAUCGUGGAUUCCAACUGUGAUCCCCGACUUAUCACGUAUCCAGUGCCUGGCAAUGACGACUCACCUGUUACUAUUCGUCACUGGUGCGGCCUCUUUGCUGAAUCCAUCGCUCACGCAAAGCGCCGAGCGCGGAGAGACGACGCCACCCGAAAACGACUGGCCUCCGCCGGUGGCCAGACGUGUACCUAA